AUGCUAUUCACCUUCGUUUUACCUCUUUUUGCCCUAUCCGCUGUGGGCGCGAGCCCAUUCACCGCCCAUUCUAUUGCCGCCCGUUCCAUUGCCGCCCGUUCUAAUGACGCCCGUUCUACUAAAUCCUUAGCAGCAAGUUGGUACGCCGGAUGGCACGCUACUGAGGGAGUUCCGCUUUCUUCAAUUUCGUGGGAGAAGUACAACACGUUGUACUACUCAUUUGCAGAGACCACUCCAAGUGUCACCAGUCUUACCCUGGCAGGCUCUGAUGGCGAUCUGCUCCCUCAAUUCGUCUCUGAGGCUCAUGCACAUGGUGUCGAGGCCCAUAUUGCUGUGGGAGGCUGGACUGGGAGUGGGUGGUUCUCUUCCAACCUUGCCACUGCCAAAAACCGGACGGCAUUUGUCAAGACUGUGAAAGAAUUUGUUUCACAGUACAACCUCGAUGGCGUCCAAUUCGACUGGGAGUACCCAAACCAUCAGGGAAUUGGCUGCAACACCAUUAACGCUAACGACACGGCAAAUUUCCUCUCAUUCCUCCAAGAGCUUCGCAGAGACCCAGUAGCAGCAAAGCUCACCCUCUCAGCCGCUGUCUCUAUCACACCCUUCAAUGAUGCUACUGGAAAUCCUUCUGCUGACGUCAGUGGGUUCGCGAAAGUGCUCGAUUACAUCGUUCUGAUGAAUUACGACAUCUGGGGCUCUUGGUCCACGAGUGUGGGCCCGAACUCCCCGCUGAACGACACCUGCGCUGUGUCCGCGAAUCAACAGGGCUCUGCUGUUUCUGCAGUCAAGGCUUGGUCGGACGCAGGAAUACCAGUCAGCCAGAUCGCGCUCGGCGUUCCUACCUAUGGCCACUCGUUCUCCGUCUCCCCCUCUGACGCCUUCGAACAUGUCAAAGGUGGUUCGACGAAGAAACUGGCUGCAUAUCCCUCCUUUGACGCCAAGAACCAGCCCCUCGGUGAUGCAUGGAGUGGCGCUGCUGGUGUUGAUUCCUGUGGCGCUGCCGUGGGCCCAGGUGGCACUUUCAACUUCUGGGGCCUCGUUGAGGGCGGUUUCCUCACCAAAGAAGGCAAUCCCAGUGGUAACAUCUACUACAGAUAUGACACCUGCAGUCAGACGCCCUAUGUGUACAAUGAGACUUCACAGGUCAUGGUCUCCUUUGACAACGCUGAAUCGUAUGCUGCCAAGGGUAAGUAUAUCAAGAACACCGGGUUGCGCGGUUUCGCAAUGUGGGAAACUGGUGGUGAUUACAACGGUAUAUUGCUCGACUCUAUCAUCAAGGCUUCCGGGUGA